UCCAUUUACUGUACUGUACCAGCUAGCCGAUGACAGUAGGAAGCUGACUUGAUUGCCAAACAAUAACUGUGAUAUCCAUCAGAGCUCAACAAGACAUAAACAUCAUACACCUGGCUUCCUUGGUAGAGUGAGCCACCAUAUUGCACGGAUUUAGCUGAGCUGGAUCAGAUUGCUAGCAGUUCUGUAUAGCCUCUACCCAAACGUGGUGUAAUUGAUGGAUCAACUCUAGCACUGAGUAGCUCUUAGCACCAGGUCAUCAGUGUCCUUACAGGGAAUCACGUCUCUUACUAGUGUGCACUUGCCAACAAAAUAAUGUCCAGUGGUUGAAGAUGGGAGGUAGCAGCUCCAAAUCAAAAGGCUAUUGGCCUUUUGGUGGUUCAGGCAGUGGUGAUGAGCCAACCAAAGAGGGAAAUGAGCAGUCCCUGGCAAGAGUCCGAAGCUUCCGAAACGCGACUCCCUUCGUGUUUACUAGAAGAGGCUCUAUGUUCUUUGAUGAGGAUGGAGAUCUGGCUCAUGAAUUCUAUGAGGAGACAGUGGUGACGAAGAAUGGACGAAAGAAAGUGAAGUUGAAGAGAAUACAGAAGAACCUCAUACCUCAGGGGAUAAUUAAGUUAGAUCACCCUUGCAUCCAUGUAGAUUUUCCAGUUGUCAUCUGUGAAGUUUGACACAAGGGUAUCAGACUCAUUAAAUCUACCACAGCAAAGAUUCCGUCCCUAAUCUGCCUGGACUACCACCCUUUGCUGGAUCCUGGAUAUAGUCUGUUUGUGAAGAUUGGAGGCAUCCUCCUGUAGCUGAGCCGUCUCAGCGGGCUCUGGUCCCCCUGCAUGUGGAAGCGAGGCCAGCAGGCUGUGAUGCAUUUUUGAGCUGGCUGCCUGUGAACACUAAAGUUUUGCAGAAGACAAUGAUACCCUGACUAUGUUUUUCUUAUUUCUUUUUCCUUACCAACAAGAUGUACAUUGGUGCCCAAGCAUGAGUGUGUGUUUUGAGGAGAAGUUAUGAGUUAUGAUACCUGAGGAUGAGCACUAGUGUGGUGUGAAAUGUAUGUGUGAUACCUCUCCCUCCUCAUUCUGUCCUGUUUUGUCUAGUGAUCGUAAAUAUUCAGGAAUGAUUCACUGUAUCAGAUGCAGAAUGUAUGAAGCCAGUCUAAGCUUUUCUUAUGAACAUUUAUAAACCUAAUGAUAAUGGACAAGUGGCUCAGGUGAGACAGACUGUCUUAAUGCUUUAACACUGACUUGCUGCCUUUUAGGAAGACAUUACUGCCUCUCUGUAAUGUCUUUGACACGGCAGAUGUUGAUGCAGAAAGCAUCCUGAAGUUGUAUGGCUUUGAGGCUGGGGAACAUGUCAGAUUUGAAGGAUGCACAUGAAGUGUAAAAAUGACCUCAUGCAUUUCUAGAUUUCAGUUUAUGCCAUGCAUGUUGUUCCUGAGCCCAAAUUUGCUGUCAUGUCAUUUUGAGCUAGGAACCCCCCCCCCCCCAUUUUCUGGUUAAAAUAAUUUGAUUUGGGAUGUUGUGAUGGAAUGGUAUUGGUGCCUGCUGUGCUAUCUGGUGACAGAGCCCAGACAUCUGUACGGUCACUGUGAAGCCUCACUAGUAAAAUGCCACAUAUAUCUGUGCAGGA